CGCCUCCCGGGCCGCCCUGGGUCUCCCUGCCCGGAGGGUCACACGGGGGAGCGGGACUUCACCCGAAUCCUGAGUCCCCGGGCGCUGCGCUUUGGGUGCGGAGCGGGCGCUGCCCGGGGAAGGGCCCGCGGGGGCCCCAGGCGAUGGGACGCCCCUGAGCCGCUAGCAGCCGGGAAGAGGGGCGGGGAGGGCUGGGCCGGCUGGCGGGGGGCUCGCGGAUUUCCCGGGGACCCCCCCAUGAGCGCCCCCGAGCGCGCAGCGGACGCCGAGCUGAAGCUGGAGGCGGUGAUCCAGAAGCUGGAGAGUAGCGUGCUGACCUCAGGGGAGGGGAAGAGUCUUACCAUUCGGGGCAGCUCUGAGGACGCGCCCCCCACCCGCCUGCCCGCCCGGAUCCGAGAGAUCGUCGCCGAGAACCUGUCACAGCAGGAGAGCCCAGCAGCCUGCCCUGGGGAGAUGUCGUCGCUCCUCUCCCUCCAGGAGGAGAACCGCAUCCUGCAGCAGGAGCUGUCCCGUGUCGAGGACCUGCUGGCGCAGAGCCGGGCCGAGCGCGAUGAGUUGGCCAUCAAAUACAACGCCAUCAGCGAGAGGCUGGAGCAGGCCCUGCGCCUGGAGACCGGGGAGCGAGAGCGGGAGUCGCUGGAGAACAAAGGCCUGGCCCAGCAGAACAUCGAGCUGCGGCGCCGCCUGGAGGAGGAGCAGGCCGCCUACAAACGCAAGCUCCAGGCCUACCAGGAGGGCCAGCAGCGGCAGGCGCAGCUCGUGCAGAAGCUGCAGGCGAAGGUUCUCCAGUACAAGAAGAAGUGCGGGGAGGUGGAACAGCAGCUGCUGGAGAAAUCAACCGAGCUGGAGCAGCAGAGACUCACGAGCCGGCUGGACAUGACGGACUCGCGCCUGCGCCAGGAUGAAGAGCACAGCAACGACCUGGAGAAUGCGCUCAUCCGGCUGGAGGAGGAGCAGCAAAGGAGCGCCAGCCUGGCCCAGGUCAACGCCAUGCUGCGGGAGCAGCUGGACCAGGCCAACACCGCCAACCAGGCCCUCAGCGAGGACAUCCGGAAGCUGACGACCGACUGGACCAAAGCUCGCAACGAGCUGGAGCAGCGGGAGGUGGAGUGGAGGCGAGAGGAGGAGUCUUUCAACACCUACUUCAGCAACGAGCACAGCCGGCUGCUGACCCUCUGGAGGCAGGUGGUGGGCUUCCGGCGCCACUUCAGUGAGCUGAAGACCAUGAGCGAGAGGGACCUGUCGGAGCUGAACAACGCGCUGUCCAGGUCCAGCCGCACCAUCCACGCCGCCUGCCUGAACCUGAGCAGCAACCUGCGUCUGUCGGAGAGCAGCGCCGGCGCGGCGCUGGAGAAGCAGGCUCUGCUGCAGGCCCAGCUGGAGGAGCAGCUGAAGGACAAGGUGCGCGACAUGAUCCAGCUGCAGGUCAGGUGUGACAUGGAGAAAGCGGAGCUCGGCACCAGAAUCGCUGAGACGACGGCCACCAUGGAACGCUUGAAAGCCCAGAACUCGGAGAAGGAGAAGACGAUCGAGACGCUGACCCAGAAGCUGGAAACUCUGGAGGCCGCGCGGGCGCAGGAGCAGGCAGCGCUGGAGGCCGAGGAGAUCGAGGCCUUGCGGACGGAGUCGGAGCUGCUCCAGCAGACGCUGCGAGACCUUGCUCAGGCCGUCCUGUCCGACGCCGACAGCGCCAUCCACCUCACGGGCACGGAGCGAACGACGGACGUUUCGGACAGCGACGCCACGGCAUUCAGCCUGCGGGGCCUCUCCUCCAGCCUUCGCACCCCGUCCCCGCUCCGGCGCUCCUCCCCCCGGCGCAGCUCCUCGCCCCGGCGCAGCCUCUCGCCGGCCUUCUCCGACUCCACGCUGGCCGUGGUGCACUCCGCCUUGCAGAAGAGGCAGCUGCAGGUGCAGGACAUCCGCAGCAAGUACGAAGCCAUCCAGGAGCUGGUGGGCUCCCUGAAGAAGCAGCUGGCGGAGAGAGAUCACGAGCGCCGCUCCCUGGAGCAGAAGAUCUUGCAGCUGAAGGACGACGUCGACUGCUCCUUGCGGGCCAAGGACGACGCCGUGCGGGAUGCCAGCCGCUUCCGCUCCUCGGCUGACCUGCUGGGCAGCGAGAAGAGCAACCUGGAGCGAAGCCUGCAGGCCCUGCAGCAGCACGUGGAGGCCCUGCGGCAGGAGAGCGAGAGGCUGCAGCUGGCCAACAGCGACCUGCAGCGGCAGCGAGAUCACCUGGAGGACGAGAAGGAGGACAUCGCGAAGGACAAGGAGCGGGCGCAGAAGGAGAUUGAACGCGGCCACAAACAGCUGGAGCAGCUGGAAGUGAAGAAAUCGGGUCUGAAAAAGGAGCUGAUGCUUGUUAAGGAGGCUCUGAACAAAGCCACCCUGGAGAAGGAGGUGUCUGAGAAUGAGAAGGUGGAGGUGGCGGAGGCUCUUUCCAAGGCGGAGGCGGGCCGGGCCGAGCUGGAGCUGACCGCUAGCAAGCUGAAGGCGGAGGAGGCCUCGCUGCGCGACUCGCUGUCCAAGAUGAGCUCCCUGAACGAGGGGCUGGCCCAGGAUAAAAUCGAACUCAACAGGAUCGUCAGCCAGCUGGAGGAGGAGAAGGUGGCCCUGCUGGGGCAGAAACAGGAGGUGGAGCAGGAGAAGACCUCGAUCCGCGACGAGCUGGUCCGGCUGGAGCAGGAGAAGGUGGAGCUGGACGCGGAGCGGCAGGGCCUGCAGCACUCCCUGCAGGAUGGGGAGCGGAGCCGGGAGAGGCUGGAGCGGGAGCUGCUGGCCCUGCAGAAGGAGAGGGUGCAGCUGCAGGAACAGCUGGGGCAGCUGUCCCGCCAGAGGAACGCGGCCGGCGAGGAGCUGGGGCAGGCGCGGCGGGAGCAGGAGCGGCACAGCGAGGCCCUGCUGCGAGCCACCAGGGAGAAGGAGGGGCUGAUGAAGGAGAAGGCCAGCCUGGUGGUGCAGCUGACGGCGUCGGAGCGGGAGAACAGGGGGCUGGCGGAGGAGAUCGCCGGGCUCCGGUCGGAGAAGGAUGCCUUGGAGACCACCCUCUUUGACAUCCAGCAGCAGCUCGCUCAGCUGGACGCCCGGAAGGAGCAGCUGGAGGCCGACAGCCAGAACCUGCUCCUGGCCAAGGAGAUGCUGCAGGGAGAAGAUCAGCAAGAUGAAAGCCAACGAGGCCAAGCUGGAGACCGACAAGCGGCGCCUGAAGGAGAUCCUGGACGCCUCGGAGAGCCGCUGCACCAAGCUGGAGCUGCUGCGGCGCUCGCUGGAGGGGGAGCUGCAGAGGGUGAAGCUGGUGCUGAGCGACCGCGAGAUGGAGAUCCAGGUGCUGCAGGACCGCGGUGACACGCUGCAGAGACAGGUCACCGACAGCGAGACGAAGGCCAACGCCCUGCAGCUGUCCGUGGAGCGACUGCACCUCACCCUGGCCAAGGCCGAGGAAGGCGAGAGCGCCCUGAAGGACAAGGUGCAGGGCCUGGCCCUGUCUCUGUCGGAGAGCAGCGCCAGCGCCGGCGCCACCCAGGAGAAAGUGCUCCAGCUGCAGAAGGCGCUGACAGCCAGCGAGCAUGACCGCCGCGUGCUGCAGGAGCGGCUGGACGCUGCCCGCCAGGCGGUCUCGGAAGCCAAGAAGCAGAACAGCGGGCUGGCGGACCGGGUCCAGGUGCUGAAAACCGAGCAGGCGGAGCUGGAGCUGCAGAAGGAGGAGCUCGAAGGGCAGGUCCGGCAGCAGCAGGAGCUGCUGCGCCAGUGCCAGGAGAGCGAGAGCGCGGCCCUGCGGAGCCUGCAGAAGCUGCAGGAGGACAAGCACCUGCUGCAGGAGCGGCUGGGCAGCCUGCAGCGGGCGCUGGCCCAGCUGGAGAGCGAGAAGCGGGAGGCGGAGCGCUCCUCCCUGCGGCUGGAGAAGGACAAGAUGGCCCUGAAGAAGACCCUGGACAAGGUGGAGCGCGAGAAGCUGAAGACGCACGAGGACUCGGUGCGGCUGUCGGCGGAGAAGGGCCGGCUGGACCGUUCCCUCAACACGGUGGAGCAGGAGUUGGCAGAAGCUCAGCGACAGAUCCAGCUGCUCGAGGAGAACCUAAGCAUGGUUAGAAGGACGCUAACGUGUUCCUGGGCUCAGGUAGCGGAGAUGGAGCAGACCCAGUCCCAGAGCCUGGUGGAGACGGCCACCCGCCACCGGCAGGAGCUGCAGCUGGAGAUCGAGCGGCUGCGCGGCUCCCAGCUGCAGGCGGAGCGCACGCUGGAGGCCAGGGAGCGCGCGCACAGGCAGCGCGUCAAGGGGCUGGAGGAGCAGAUCUCCACGCUGAAGGAUCAGCUGCAGCAGGAGUUGCGGCGGUGCCAGACCCACUACUCUCACUCCUCCCUCCUCUCGGGGAACUAGGCUCCCU